AUGCACCGAAGUAGGAGCGAUGUGUGUGUGUGUGUAAGAAAGCGAAGGGCCGCGGUUGUCGAACUGACGGGGCCGUGCAAGAUGAGGUCGGAUCGAGCAGAUGGGCGACCGCGGUGUCACGGGAGGAAGGGGAGACAAGACGGGGGGGCGGGGGCAGAGACACUUCCGGAUGGAGGGCAGGUAAAGAGAUGUAUUGAAGAUGAACGGAUAGAGCCGAAUAGUGUUCCAGAUAAAUGGCUUGCUCUUCGAACUUGUGAGUGGGAAAGACUGCAGCUGCUGGUCAUCGCCGCGUGGGCGGCGAUCGCUUCCGUUUCGUAUUAUAUCUGCAAUUAUGAAUCUAUUAUUAUUAUUAUUAUUAUUAUUAUUAUUAUUAUUAUUAUUAUUAUUAUUAUUAUUAUUCCUAAUGAUUAA